AUGACAAAGGCUCAAGAAUGGCUAAAUGCCAAUGUCCCAAAUAUAAAUCAAAGAGGUCAAAUAGUUAAUUUGCAAAUAUAUGCUGGUACAGGAACCAAUUCCAACCAAAACAAUGCAUUUGUUUUUUAUAACACUAGCUUAGAAGAUGAAUUAAAUUUGAAUGAAUUUGUGAAUUUGCAACAAUUAUAUAUUUGUGGUAGCAACACAAAUCAAAGGCAAGCUUUAACUGGCUUGAAGGUUGAUAAAUGCGUAAAAUUAAAUCUUAUACAUAUUGUUUACACUAAUCUAGUUGAAUUAGAUUUGGAGAAAAAUUCAGCGUUAAAUAAUUUGAAUUGUAAUUAUAAUCAACUUGUUAAUUUGAACUUGGAGGGUAAUCCAGCUCUCCAAACCUUGAAUUGUCAAUUUAACAAACUUACAAGUAUUAAUGUAAGUAAGGCUGCUAUUACGAAUUUAUAUUGUCAAAAUAAUAAUCAAUUAAGUAGUUUGGAUUUAAGUAAGAAUACCAAAUUAGUUAAUCUUCAAAAGGAUGCUGGGACUGAUCUUUACACUACAUUUAUGGGCAAUUUAAAUGAAACAAUAGAAGAGUUGAAAAAGGAAAAGGAACAAGCCCAACGUCAAUUGAAAAGUUUAAUUGACAUAAUCAAACCUAAUAACAGUUUUGCCAAUACUAGUCUAAAAAGCGAAGUGGAAAAAAUUGAAGAGGAAAAUCUUACUCAGAAAUUGGAAAAUAUGAAGAUAGAAUUAGAAAAAUUAAUUGGCGAUGCAAAAAAGUAUCUGAAUGAAGAUCUACGGGAGUGGUUAGAAACUCUCCUAGAAGCUCAAUUAGAAAUAUUAAAAACUAAUAACCCCUUUGCUAAAAAGCAACUGGAAAAGGCUGAGAGAAUAUUAACUAAAGAGUUACCUGCUGAUGAAUUGAGGAAAAUUCUUGAUAAGCAAAAAGAAGUCAAAUCAUUAAGUGAAUCAAUGACUCAAUGA